ACCACUUUGCACUUAACAAACAAAGUUGUAAGGAAAAUUAUCGGUUUUUUUGUAAAUUUUUAUGUUUUUUUUGUACGAAAAUAAUGGAACCCACUUAUAUCAUUGCGCUGCUUAUUUCAAUAUUUUGCCAUUGCAUAGGCCUCUUUUACAAUCCCGUGGAAGCCAGCACGGAAUCAACUGUAUUUUUAAUUGUCGCCAUAAUGUUCCUGCAUAAAUUGAAGUUGGAGUACGACCCAAAUUUCGUUCAAAGCCAUGUGGGUAAAGCUCUUGAGGUUGUGGUCCUUUGUCUGGCGAUACAGGUACUUUUGGUCGCCUUGUGGUUCCCCGUCUUUCAAACUCUGAAAUUCAUCGUGGAUGCAAUUUGCUGGAAACUGCUACAUUCAGUGAGCAACGAACAAGCCUGGAUUGUGGAAAAACUGAAUAAUUCGGCGGUGACAGUGGUUCUACUGGCCAUGGAAUCGACGGUGCUGCUCAAGGGUUUCGAGAUCGCCGAUGUGCAGAAGUUGUUCGGCUCCAAGGACGAUUGCCUUUCAGACAGUGUCCUGUCAUUUGUGGCCAAAGAGGAAAAGAAGGCUUUUCGUCGGGAAAAGAGAAGGUUGGAAAACCAGCGAUUACUUCGAAAAGCCAGAGCAUAAAAUGAUGAUGACAUAGCACAACCAAUAUGAUCGGGACAAAGAUAAUAAAUAUGUUUCAGUAAGGCUAGUAAAAUAAAUUACUCCAAAUAAAAUUUACUUAUGGAAGGCAA